UCCACCCACCGAUCACAGUUCACAGGGGUACAAAAUCCCGAGAGCAGAGUACGCGACGCUCUUGCCCACCACCACUCUGUUGAGGAGGAGGCAUUCACUCCACGGCACGGCGAGGCGGGGGCGCCAAGGCAGGACAAGGCCAGGAGGAGGGCAUUAGCGGAGGCGGAGGCGGGGGACAUGGGGGUGCUGCGGAGCACGCAGAGCCUGGAGGCCGAGGUGGAGGAGAUGCGCGCCGCGCUGCUGCUCCACGGCGGCGCGGGCUUCGGCGCCCGGAGGUCGGGCGGCGCCGCGGCGAAGCGCGCGGCCCGGCCCGAGGAGGCCGCCGGCGCGGAGGCGCGCACCGUGUGCGUCACCGGUGGCACGUCCUUCGUUGGGUUCGCCGUCGUCGACCGGCUGCUCCGCCACGGGUACAACGUCCGCCUCGCGCUCGAGACGCAAGAGGACCUUGACAAGCUGCGGGAGAUGGAGAUGUUUGGCGAGAAUGGAAGGGACAGGGUUUGGACUGUUAUGGCAAAUGUGAUGGACCCAGUGAGCUUGCAUGAAGCUUUCGACGGCUGUGUUGGUGUCUUUCACACCUCAUCACUUGUGGAUCCAGGGGGCAUCUCCGGUUACACGAAACACAUGGCACGUUUGGAAGCCAAAGCAGCAGAGCUCGUGGUUGAAGCAUGUGUGAGGACGGAGUCCGUGAGGAAGUGCGUUUUCACCUCGUCGCUGCUGGCAUGUGUCUGGAGGCAAAACUACGCUCGUGACCGCAGGUUCCCAACCACCGUUGACGAGAACUGUUGGAGCGACGAGAGCCUCUGUCGCGACAACAAGCUCUGGUUCUCACUCGGCAAGACGAUGGCGGAAAAGGCGGCAUGGAGGGCGGCACGGGGAACAGACCUGAAGCUAGUGACCGUAUGCCCUGCACUCGUAACAGGGCCAGGAUUCCGGAGGCGGAACCCUACUCCAUCCAUUGCCUACCUCAAAGGAGCGCACGCCAUGCUGGCUGAAGGCCUGCUGGCCACCGCGAACGUGGAGAGGGUAGCGGAGGCGCACGUCCGCGUGUACGAGGAGAUGAACGGCACGGCCGGCGGGCGGUACAUCUGCUACGACCACGUGGUGCGGCGAGCCGAGGAGUUCGCCGAGCUGCAGCGGCAGCUGGGGCUCCGCGCCCCCGCCGGCAGCAGGGUUCCCGCGGCGUCCGAGCCCGACGGCGACGACCGGGCGGCGCGGUUCGAGCUCUGCAACCGGAAGCUGACGGCGCUCAUGUCCGCGCGGAGGAGGUGCACCUACGACGCCUACAUCCCCGUGUCGUACGAGUGAAAAGUUUGGGGGGCGGCGAGCUGUAUGAUGGUAGGAGAGAGAGAACUGAGCGACGGUAGAGCAGACACGGCACAGCGAAGGCAGAGGGUGGGUCACGAAGAACAACCAAUUUGGCGGAAUAGAACAGAUCGACGAUAGCACACAACAGCACGACAUAGCGGAACGGCACAACCAACCAAUUUGGGGACAUUUAACUAUUUGCCAAUGAGGAUCUCUGAAAACGCAAGGCAAGCAAGACCAUCAGCCAAUGAACUGGCCUGUUUUGACAGGGCCCAUCGGUAGUCACUCCAGUGGGCCGGAAUUCUCGCAACAAAAUGAAAUGAGAGAUGGUCGAAAGCAUCCUCUUC